AUGGCUGUGCCUCCCUGCUACGCUGACUUGGGCAAAUCUGAAGACAUCUUCAACAAAGGCUAUGGAUUCGGCUUGGUGAAGCUCGAUGUCAAGACAAAGUCAGCCAGUGGAGUGGAAUUCAAAACUGCUGGUUCCUCCAACACCGACACCAGCAAAGUUGCGGGUAGCCUGGAAACUAAAUACAAGAGGUCAGAAUAUGGCCUGACCUUCACUGAGAAGUGGAACGACAACACCUUGGGAACAGAAAUCACUGUUGAAGAUCAGAUUGCUAAGGGCCUGAAGUUGACCUUUGACACAACCUUCUCGCCAAACACUGGCAAGAAGAGUGGCAAAGUUAAGACCGCCUACAAGCGCGAGUACGUCAACUUGGGCUGUGAUGUUGACUUUGACUUCGCUGGCCCCACCAUCCACGGAGCCGCUGUCGUUGGCUACGAAGGCUGGCUCGCCGGUUACCAGAUGAGCUUCGACACUGCCAAAUCCAAGAUGACCCAGAACAACUUUGCCAUCGGGUACAAGACAGGAGACUUCCAGCUGCACACCAAUGUCAAUGACGGCUCCGAGUUUGGAGGCUCAAUCUACCAGAAGGUGAGCGACAAGCUGGAGACGGCAGUCAACCUGGCCUGGACCGCUGGGCAGACAGCACACGCUUCGGCAUUGCAGGCCAAAUACCAGCUGGACAAGGAUGCCUCCGUCACCGCUAAAGUGAACAACAAUAGCCUUAUUGGUGUUGGGUACACCCAGACACUCAGACCAGGUGUGAAACUCACUCUGUCUGGCCUGGUCGAUGGCAAGAACAUCAAUGCAGGAGGCCACAAGCUGGGUCUGGGCUUGGAGCUGGAAGCCUAAGCUUUCCUCACACUGCAAGGGACUAGGGAAUAUCAGAAGAAUCUGGCCUUAAACGUAUGCCCAACUCAAACCAGCAAGGGGGGGAUAUCUUGGAGAGAUCGGUUCAAAGGCUACUACACCAACAAACUCGCUGGGUACCACUUCAAGGCUGGUGCUUCUGUCCUGGGUACAUUUGACCUUUGUUGCUUUUUACUUUGUAGUUGCAUCUGUUCAAGAGACAGUUGGUGACAUAAUUUAUAAAUCAUGUCAAUGUUCCUGUCCAGCACUGCCAUAAUGAAAUCCAAUACAACCCCUGUGUGUGUCGUCAGCUCUGUGUGGCUAUAUGGUGAAAACCCCAGACACUUGUUUUUCUUAUGAGAACAUCAGUAGACGGUGUUAUGUGGUGAGCGUUGUCAUACCUUCUAUCUUGCAUUAUAAUCAUGACCAUCUGAUAUUCCUUCGUCAUCUACAGUUUUAUUUGAAACCUUCAAUACACUAGUCUUUUUUCUGCUAUUAUUUAAAUCCUGCUGCACCCUUCCGCUUCAUGCACACAAGGACAAACUAAAGCUCUGUAAAGUCUUGUUUCGUGCCGGCCAUCAGGGUUUGACGUUGUGUUAAGCUUCCUUUAAACUGAGCAGUUUUUGGGUUGCUUACAGAUGGGUCUGUACGCUUGGCCGACCAGGCAGAAUACCUCUUUGUUAUUUUUUGGGAGAAUGGGAGCUACAUAACCUACAUGUUCACAGUAAUGCCAAACGAUCAUUGUCUGGAAGAGGUGUAACAUACAGUGUGCACUCUUGGGAAGUGCUUCCCUGUGCUGGGCAGAGACAAAGCCCACUGGAAGUGUUGGAGGUCCUUAUGUGUAUGUAUAAAUUUUCAAUAAAGUCUUUGAACUCCACCUA